UGGAUACGGUCAUAGCUUUAGGGUUGCAUACAAACGGAGCUGGAGGAAAUGCGAGAGGGAACCAAUUAAUUCGAUUUACAAUUCAUCGGGAAUGACAGGAAUGAUACCCAUAUCCGAGUCUGCUUUCCUGCACUGGAUGGCAGUGAUCCUCCCACCUAGUGCCACCACCUGCAUUCUGUCCCUCUCUCUCCUGAUUCCCUAGUAGAUACAUUGUCACCCUAUAGUCUGGUAGCCUGGCUGCUCACCUACAUGUAUAUCAAUGAAGACCCCAUUUGGAAAGACGCCAGGCCAGCGCCCCAGAGCUGAUGGGGGUAAUACUGGGGUAUCUGCAAAUCUGAUCAAGAGGAAAAAUUCCCACAAGAAGCAGAAGAAUGUUGGUCCAAGCAAGCCUAUUGCCCAACCCAGACGAAACAUAGUGGGUUGCAGGAUAACGCACCAAUGGAAGGAAGACACCAAGGUUUCCCAGUGGAAAGGAACAGUUCUCGAUCAAGUCCCUGUCAACCCAUCUCUCUACCUGAUCAAGUAUGAUGGAUUUGACUGCAUCUAUGGACUUGAGCUUCACAAAGAUGAGAGGGUGCAAGGCCUGGAGGUUUUACCAGACAGAGUUGCUCCAGCUCGUGUCAGUGAUGCACAGCUAGCAGAAACCAUGAUAGGCAAAGCAGUGGAGCACAUGUUUGAGCAAGAUGAAGGACCAAAGGAGGAGUGGAGGGGCAUGGUGCUAGCACGGGCUCCCAUUAUGAACACAUGGUUCUACAUCACUUACGAAAAGGACCCUGUUUUGUACAUGUACCAGCUCUUGGAUGACUACAAAGAGGGGGAUCUCCGGAUAAUGCCUGAUUCAAAUGACUCGACCCCAUCAGAGAGAGAGCCUGGCGAAGUGGUGGAUAGCCUUGUUGGCAAACAAGUGGAAUAUGCCAAAGAGGAUGGCGGCAAAAGGACAGGCAUGGUUAUCCAUCAGGUUGAUGCCAAACCCUCUGUGUAUUUCAUCAAGUUUGAUGACGACUUUCACAUCUACGUCUACGAUUUAGUAAAAACGUCUUAGGGCAUUGAGAAAAUCAUUGAUUCACAGACCGUGGCAAAUGUUUUCAGGAUUUCUUUGAGACAAGACAAUUCCUUCACAGGCUACGAAUGUGAAACUUGUCAUUUUCUGUGUCACUGCUUCCAAUGCGAAAGCUAUUAGUGUACUUUGUCUGAAGUCCACUUUUGUUUGAAAAGAAGAGACCUCUGCAGAAUUCACCAUGUCUGAACAUUUACUCUGUUCAAUUGGGCCAGACACCAGGAGCCUAAUCCCAAAGUUUUUCUUAACAUGAAAGAAAAGUGAGAAUUUUGUGGGGGGUUUUCUUGUCUAUGAUGCUGUAAAUGAAUUAUUGUGAGGUUCUCGUAACAUGUUUCUACCACUUUUGUUGACUUGUGGGUUUAACAUCCUCAAAAUUUAGCAUGCAUCAGUCUAAAAGCUGUGGUCCUUUGUAGCUCAGUUGGUAGAGCAGGGUAGUGGAUUCGAUUCCCCCAUCCAUAUGUCAAAUGUAUGCACACGUGACUAAGUCGCUUUGGAUAAAAGCGUCUGCUAAAAUGGCACAUUACUGUAUCAGUCAAACCUAGUAAUCAGUUUAAAAAGAAAGGUAUUACAUGAAAUUCUGUGAUUUAAUUUUAUUCCUUAAUUCUCUACUUGUAUGAACUGCCAUUGUGAAAUUGUCCUUCACAUAAGUCUAGUUUCUGAGACCAAGGAAAUCCAAGAGCUUCUUCCUUUUAGUUUUUAAUCAGUGCUAUUUUAUGUCGGCCACACUUGCAUUCUCCCGAAAUGGGUGUCUAGACCUCUACUACUCUGUAAAAUCUAAAUUGUAUUAGAGUAAUUUGGCUGAUUGGUUGUGCAAAGUUCAUCAAUUAUUUUAAUUCUAAUAUUUUUUGUUUACUGUGGCUUUUAGAUUUGAUUUUAAUUUCCUUCAACCUGAAAUGAUUAGUUUUGUUAUUUAAUACUCUAUCAUCCAAAUCUGAUUUCAAAUUUGUAUUAUCACAUUUCAUUCUUACUCCUUUUCUAGAGCUACUGUAUUGCAACUUUGUUGUCAAAAACACUAAAAGGAUAAUGAUUGAUACACAUAACUAACUAUACACUGAGUGGACAAAACAUUAAGAACACCUUCCUAACACUGAGCUCCACCUACUACCAUACCCCGCCCUGGCACCUACUAACCUCAUCCAUUGGCACUUAAAUGGGCACUUGCCUAUUCACCCUUUGAAUGGCAUUUACAUUACAUUACAUACAUUUAAGUCAUUUAGCAGACGCUCUUAUCCAGAGCGACUUACAAAUUGGUGCAUUCACCUUAUGACAUCCAGUGGAACAGUCACUUGG